UUGUCGUUGAUAUGUCAGUUAGGAAUUCAAUAGUAAUAUUUUGCUUUGAAAUAAAAUAGAUAGCGUGCGGUACAGACUCUUUAUCAGUGAUCCCCCAAGUUGGGAACUACUGAGAGAAAUUGAAAUUACAGAAGUACGUUAUUUAGGGCGAUAUCGGUUAGGGAGGAAAAAUAAAGGAUCGGAAGAGAAAGCGGAUAUUUUCACAGGAUUACCACAUUCCAGAUGUAUAUUUUCCACAUCAGUAGUACCAUUAUGGGGCGUCUAAUAAAAUGUUAACAGCGUAGAGGGGGCGUUUAAUAGGUAAAAGGCGUUUAUUUGGAAGUGGGUGUUUAUUAGGUCAGUUAAGGUAUUUAAUAUGUGCUUUCUCUUCCAGUUCAGAAACGAAGUAAAGACAAGAGUGGGAAAAUUUUUUUUAAUUGUUCCCUCCAAAGAUGUUUUUAAGAGUCAAUUUAUAGCUUUGUCUGACGAUAUAGAAUAAUUUUGUAGAAACAAAAUUUCGAAACUACCAAAAAAAGUCAUUUCGAGUACUUAACCCCUCUUUUUGUAGCGGAGCUCCCGCGCGCGCGAAGCGGAGCACCAUGGGUAAGAAAAUUUGGUAAACUAUCCAUCCCAGAAAAUUUGGUUAUGACGUAGCGUACGUCCGUCCGUACAGACUUUCCGGGUAGUGAAAAGUAGUCCGCAUGGACUCUUGGGGUAGGGGAAAGUAGAGAUUUUCUGGCGGGAAAUCGCAUGGCGCAACGUCGCGCAAUUAUAUCGCGCAACUGGUUUUGAAAAAGAGAAAGCAAGUAGAAAGAGUCAGAGCGAGAAGAAGGAGAGAAAAUUAUAGUGCAAAACGCCGGCAAGCAGAACGAGACAGAGCUAGAAUGAACAGACAAAGGAAACGCGAAAGAGAAAUACAAAGGCAAAGAGAACGGCAGCAAAGUAAUGACAUGAUGACAGAAAGUGUUGUGAAGGUCUCUAUUUAAUGUCACUAUGGCCCCGCGCUAUUAACAUUUUGAUUUCAAACUGAUCUCGGACUCGAAAAUUCAGCCACUCAUUUAAAAAUACAAGCAGGGAAGACAGAGGCUUUUCACUUUUCUCACCGUAGUCACGCGUUGAUCACGCUCUACGACAGUCCAAUUUUUAUGCUCUGAUUGGUCAAAAUUUGACAGGUGAGUUCAUGCAGAAAAUUUAUACAGCAUCCUGAACCUUGUUUACUUUCAGUUUGACAGCUGAAGCUGACAGAGUAUUUUGUCAACUUGUGAUGUAUUUUACUGUCUUUUUCCACUGGAUGCUUAAAAUGAAAUACAGCUGCUAUCAACAGUCUUCUUUGAUUCAUGGCUGGUUUGUUUAUUGAAUUUUUGGUCGGGCUUUGAAUUCGCCGGUUGCCAAAGAUGGAAAUCCGAUUUCGGAUGCAUCGCUUUCGUUUUUACCUUGCUGGAUGCAGGUUGAAAAGUCCCUCAAGCGAUUCUGGCCUUACUUUAUAGCUUUCAAGAGCUGCAUCUUGAAUGGUAAGCCUAAGUAAUUAUUGUAUACAGUGUAUGUUUGUUUUUUUAUAUCUACUUUCAUGAAGUCGAGCGCAGUUUAUGAGGCUAAUUUAUGCACGUUUGUAUUAAGAUCUGAGACAAUGAUCUGAUCUAGUAUAUAUAAGUUUGCAGAUCUUUAAAAAGCCUUUAGUCGAUAUUUUCUCUCCGCAUAUAGAACGAAAAAACGUUCCGAAGAGUAUUUAGUUAUAAUUUUGGCUGUAGAAAGAAAGCUCUGAGCGAUUUUCUUGCCUCGAGUUCAUCUCUGAAAACAGUAAACACCGGGAAGCCGGCUAAAAGCUUUAAGCUUAAGCUUAAAGACUCAGGAUUUUUAGAGACGCUUUAAUACUUGUCUUCGUGAAUGAAAAUUGUUGUCUCUGUAACUGUUUCACCGAAUUACAUUUCUUUCAUUGAUUGUUAGUAGUCUCUCACAAUUUUAAUCGCUUUGCCGUUUGUUUUCAGUCGUUUAUAAACAACAUUUGCAGGAGUACUCAAAAUGCUGCUCGUAUCAAACGCUUUUUAAGAUUACACAUCGUUAUAAAACCAUUUAAUAAAAAAAAUAAACACAAUAAAUUCUUUAUUAUGUUGAAGCGUAACUCUUAAUGUUCACUGAAAAUUUGGCGCUUGUCAAAAGUGAGAAGCGGCUGGCCGUAUAGGUGAUUUUGGAAAUUUUUUGAACGGUUUUGCUAAAAGCGCACGCGCGCUUCGUACGGUUCUGAAUAUUGAAUGAGUGCAAUUUGUCUUGAAAAAUUGUGAAAUAUUGCAUUUUGUCUGAGGUCUAUAUGAUAAAAACAACUCCUCAUAUUACUGUUUCAGAUGUGAUGUAUAAAAAGUAUGAAAUGUUGGUUUACUCGCUCCCAGAGUUAUUGGCAAGAUUUUGUUAAGUAAACUUGUCGAACGCAAAAAAUUCGGCCUGAUUUGUUUUCCAAAAAUUCGUUUUCCAGGCCUAAUCUACUGUGAUCAAGAGCCAUUAUGGCUCUAAAAUGUGAUCGAAGAUAAUUGCUAUUUUUUGGGUGUAUAUAUACGGCUAUCAAUUCGAUGUAAGAUUUUUUUUUCACUCUUAGCUUUCCCUUAAAGUUAACUGAUUUGUGGAUUACAAGUUUAUUGUUUGAUUUAAAUUAUAAAUUUAUUAAUGGGAGCUUCGCUUUUAGCCCUGGCUAAAUCUAUAUAUUAAGAAAAACUGUUAACGUUAUAUAUAUAAUGAGAUAUGGGAAUUAAACUACCGAGUUAUGCGACGUCUUUUUCUUGACUGAAGAAGGGUUGUACAACCGAAACACCUAUUUUUAAGUCUAUUUCUAGACACAAUCAGAAGAACAUAGGUUUUGUAUUAACAUCUUGAAUUUUUCUUUCUUUCUUUUUUUUUUUUUACAGGGAUCUUAGUUCCAACAACAUUGUGGAUCUUCACGCAGGGGUAUUCUCCAACCUGACAAAUUUGAAGCAGCUGUAAGAUGUCUGAAUACUUGUUUUUACUUAUCUUACGUUUGGUUUAAACUGUUUGACACUAUAUUUCAAAUUUAAAUAGUAAAUGUAAAUGCGCAACAUACACAAUGUCUAGUGAACAGGACAUUUCUUGUAUCAUUUUUAGUGGAAAAAAAAGAGAGGUGAAUGCAUCACAAUACAACCGAAGAAGAGUAAAACACCCAAAAGAUUGUUUUUACAACACUUUCUGAGAUUUUUUGAACAAUAUUACUUUAUGACUUGGCUUAAUAGCAAUUGUAACGCAUCUCAAGCGAAUUUUCCGUUUAUUGUCAGACCAUACCUGAGAUUUUUGACCCUUUAAAAAGUAUUUUCUCUCGAAACAGUGCAUUUCGUAACGUUGCGACCUCAUUUCGUUUAAAUAAUAUAACUUCAAGCUGAUUGUUGAGGGAGGUUUCCUUAGUCCAGUGGUAACGCUCCGUUUUCUUUUCGCUCUGUUUUAGCGCUAUUAUGAUUAUUAGUAUAAAUAUUAUGAUUACCGUUUAAUUAGGCCUUAAUUAACCACGAUUUAGUCUGGUAUUUUAGCCUGAGCUAACGCCAUGGGAACCUCGAUAUUUUUUUUAUAAAUUACAUGGCUAUCCACACUGUAAUCUUUUACACCUUCUAAAUAUCCCAAUUUGAAAAAAAAAAGCAGUUGUCGUAGCCUUUUACAUAUUUUCAUCCGUUUGAGACGCGUCAAUUGUCCAAAAAUCUGUCAUUUUCGCGUCAGAGGAGGAAUGCAUAUCAACGCCUCUUCCUACCAUGCGAAUGAGCUUAAAAAGUCACUCUUCUUCUUACUGCUCUGCCAUGCAGAUCCUACAAAUUUGCUUGUUCCCGGUUGCUACGAUAUUCUUCGACAGUGUAUUAUUACACCAGUGAAAAGAGCUCACGGUACGCUGAUCCAAAAAAUUUGCAGCACGUGCUACUAUUCCACAGCUUCCAAUAGUAAGACUUCAAGAGAGAGCGGUAGAAGAAAUGCGUAGUUACGCCUUAACGUAUGGAGCUGCCGUUCGGCAAAGAAUAAACCGUUACGGAACGAUUCCAGGCAUUAUUUAUCAGAGGCAGCUUCAGAUAUCUACCAAUAGAAUUAACCUGUCCUCAGCGGAAUCCUCUGAACUAAAAGAGCUCGAGAAAGAAAGAGAGGUUGAGAUCCGCGAAAGUGACGCCGAGAAUGAUGACGAGGAUCUAGAAUACGAUUCAAGUAAGGACGAAGAUGAGAAACUGGUAGGUGGAGACUCAAGCAUUUCGGAACUUGACAGACGGUCCACUUUCUUAGUAGGAGCAAAGACGCGUUUCGGAUGACAAGUCAGAGUAAACCACAGAUAUUUAGUGUAGAGGUAGAUCGAUCGUUUAGCCUAUCAGAAAAAGUAAAAUGAAAUGCCAAGGGCUACCUAAACAUUCCAGUGAUGUUGAGUGAUAAUGUUCCUUAAGGCGUGAUGAUGUUUUGUAAAAUUGUAUUACUGAAGAGACUCAAAGUAGGUUUUUCACGAAUGCACAAAUCAUGCAUAGUAGGGAUAUUAUGAAAAUAAAAGCAAUUAGGCCCAAUGAUCCGCACGAUUGAGUCUGCUUAAAAAGAAUGCGUAACAAAGUCAACGCUGAAAUCAAACAGGCUAAAGAAUUAGGGCCUGUUUUUAUGGAGGUGGGGGACCCCAGAUAGGUGGGGUAACAUGUGGCGGGUCACCCCACCUAUCAUGUAAACGUGAUCAAAUUAAAAUGAGAGAUCAUAUGGAUAGGCGGGCUACGCCGGUUAAGCGGGUUACCUCACCUAACUGGGGUCCCCCACCUCCAUGUAAACAGACCCUUAUUCUAUAAAAACAAAUUCACGGAAUCUGCUGGCGACCCGCGUAAAACGUGGCAGGGGAUCAAUGAGCUUACAUCCCGCAAAAGGGCAGGUCUUCUGUUAAGGUAUUAAGUCUGAAUGGAGUUUGUAUAACUAAUUCAACCGCUUUGUCAAACCCUUUCAAUGAUCAAAUACCUUUAACCAAUGGUCCCAGUUUUCAGAAACAUAUCUCUGAUCUUAGCAAAAGAUUCAAAUUCGUCCCCACUGAUAGUAAUCAGGUGUUCUCUCUUUUUUUUUUCUUUUUAAAAACUUAAUAAAUCUAAAGGUGUUGGUCUAGAUGGAAUAUUCUUGAUUCGGCUGAUUUAAUUGCACCUCAUAUUUCAGUUAUAUUUAAUAGUUCUCUAGCUAGUGGCAUAUUUCCUGAUGAUUGGAAGUCUGCAAGGAUCGAUUACUCCUCUAUUCAAGCAAGGCGAAGGAAGCUACAUUGACAAUCGUGCACCAAUAUCAAUUGUCUCUAUAAUUGAGUUAUUGACAGGGCUGUUAACAGCUAUGUUUUUAAGGCACUUGGUAAUACUACUAAUCAACUUGACCCUAAGCCUAAGUUUGCUACACGCUAUUAUAAAAUCCCUUACAUAGGCCAUUACGUGGGCUAUUGAUUGUCUUUUCUAUUCUACAAACACUUAUCCGAAUAUCUUUAUAACAAUUAACAUUAAUAUUUUGGAUGUAAUGUUUUUAGGGACAAUUCCAAAGUAAAACUAUUGGGAAACAAUUUGUAAGUUGUGUUGUAAUUUGGUUUUUACCUGCUUACAGAAAUAUAAGCUCCAACAAAAUUCAGCAAUUAGAUGCAGGGAUUUUCUCAAACAUGACACGAUUGCAAUAUUUGUAAGUGAUACCAGUUUAACAUGGUAUUCGUCAUUUUGCUAUUAUCAUUAUUGAGAAAUAAUAAUAAUAAUAAUAAUUUUUAAUAUAUUCAAAAGGUUGAGUUUGAUCGUCCGGGUGAACGUAGUCCUGAAUAUUCAGGACUGUUGUUGUUGACAGUGACUGACGUUUCGACAACCUGUGCGGUAGUCAUCUUCAGAGUCAAAGUGAGUUGUAUCACGUCAGUUGAUGGUAUUAUGUCGCGUUGUUAUUGGUCGUCUGUCAGUUAAGCCGUGAUGUUAUUGGCUAUGAAGACUCGUAAUCAGUGAUUGGUGCGUUUCGAUCCGUCUAUUGUCACAGUUAAACAGUCGUCUAUGGUUAGUCAAAUUGUCAGUUCUCCAGUUGUUCUCUCGUCGUUACAUCACGACUUAACUGACAGACGAUCAAUAACAUCGCGACAUAAUUGACCAAUCAGAUCAAUAACCAGAGUAUAAUAUCAUCAACUGACGUGAUACAGCUCACUUUGACUCUGAAGAUGACUACCGCACAGGUUGUCGAAACGUCAGUCACUGUCAACAACAACAGUCCUAUUCAGGACUACAUUCACCCUGACGAUCAAACUCAACCUUUUGAAAUGACUCCUGGGUUCAAACCUCUCACAAUUUUUAAUAUAUUAUUGUCAUUAUUAUGAGACGAAGUUUUAGCAACUUCCCUUGGCAUGACUGUACAUCUUUAACAAACACACCAAGAAGAACAAUCCCUCCGGCGACUUUCAAUGCUCGAAGAUUGAAAUUACGAAACUUCUUCCUCCCCUGAAUCCACGGGUUCUUCUUCAGCUUCUUCAUUGGAAGAGUACUCAGGCUCAAGCUGAUAAGGCUGAAUAGACAUCGCGAUCGCUUCCGCAGGUCACGAAGUGAAGAUUGUUGUUCAGCAGUAUUGCGUCCAGGCAGGCAGGGCGAGCAACCAUAUUACGUCAUGACCCCAGAGGGCCAUUCACCCCAAAGAAAAUGGUGGACGAGGGAAUUCCAUAGGCCUCUUUUGAACGGCACAAAAAGCAGUUAAAGGAAACGAAGAUUUUUCUGUGCGUAAAAUCUCCUUUUGGGAUCGGAUCUUAAAGAGCAUUUAGGGCAAUAUUUUAUUUAAGAGUGGUGUUAUCGUGAUGGGAGUUUGUAGUGCUUUUUUCCAUCCAAUUCUUUGUUUCUCCCAUUAUGCAGAUAUCUUCAAGACAACAAAAUACAGAAACUGGAAACAGGAACGUUUUCAAGUCUGACAGACUUAAAUAUAUUGUAAGUUGUACUCGUUGAGAUGAAAACAGGUAGCUUUCAAAUAUUGUAAUGGGAUAUGCGGUUUGUGGUGGUCAUUUGAGCUAACCAGUUCCUAGAUGGAAAGACGUAGAAGAGCAAAUUUGCUUUUCCCGCAAACUUUGUAUAAGUAUUGUUUUUAAUCUCUGUUAGGACUAAAAUUUGCGUCAAGAGAAACUGAAAACAAGCUUAGGUAAAAUUGCACUAUGGGGAACUAGAAAGUCGUAGAUUACGGUAAGCUUCGUCCUGACAAAAUUCUCACAUAUUUUGUUUAUAAAGCCCUAUAUAAUACUGACAACGGACACUCUUGUUACGGACACUCCAAGGAUCAGUUGAUGACAGCUUGUCAAGGUGUUUAUCACGCAAAUAUCAACAGUUAACAUUAGAUAACAUCGGGUGAAGCAAGACUGGACACCUUAUGGGGUUUGCACAACGCAUUAUUCUCUUUACGUAACGAUACUGGAACAGAACACCGUUAACCCGGUAGAAUUGCUGAAAAGUGCCAAAACAGCAGAGCGCCAGUUAAGCACUGAUCUACAGUUAUUAGGGUUAAGCACUGAAAUAAAAACGGGUAGCUUUCAAAUAUUGUAAUGGGAUACGGCAUACAUGUAAGUAUAUGUAUAUUUAACAAAAAAAUUACUUGUUUUUGCAGCUAGUCCUCGAUGGUGUGGCGGAUAUAGAUGUAGAAUAUGAAGCAAAUGACCCGGUUUCAAAGCAUAAGAUGUCCAAUCUUGCUUCUUCCGAUGUUUUCUAAUGUUGACCUUAUUUUAUAUUACACAAUUAAGUUGGACUUAAGUUGUUCUUCAUGCGACGGGCGCCUCAAAAAAUGACUGUCUGUUUUAAGUGGCCGGAUACUGGGCAACAUACUGUACUGAAGUAUUACUGCUAUUAAGUUUGGGAUUAGAAGGAGGAUUUGGCUAAGCUCAUGCUUUCCUUUAUUUCAAAGAACUUCAUAAACAUCACUCGCGUCCCUCUCUGACUAUGUGUAGAACUUAAAAUUCCAUAAUGGCUUUUCUCUGUAAUUUCGACAGUAAAAUAAUACAAUUUAUUCCCAUCAAAUAAACGGUAAAUCGAUCAAGUAAUUUUGGUAAUAAGGAGGCUAAGGAUUGCCAGUCGCGAUCAAACCACCAGGCUGGUACUGUCUACGCAUCAUGGAAUUUCAUAGUUCCUGGCUCCCCAUUGAAAUUAAAUAUUAAAAAAUGAGUUUUAAAAAUAAGUGUAAAGUAACCAAACCUUCCACCGGCUUUGACUAAAAAGGGAGGCCGUUGCAUUCCACAUAUUCAACUUCCCUUGGCAUGACUGUACAUCUUUAACAAACACACCAAGAAGAACAAUCCCUCCGGCGACUUUCAACGUUCGAAGAUUGAAAUUAAGAAACUUCCUCCUCCCCUAAAUCCACGGGUUCUUCUUCAGCUUCUUCACUGGAGGAGUACUCAGGCAAGAGCUGAUAAGGCUGAAUAGACAUCAUGAUCGCUUCCGCAGGUCACGACGCGAAGAUUGUUGUUUUAAAACACCAGAAUUGCGUCCAGGCAGGCAGGGCGAGCAACCAUAUUACGUCACGACCCCAGAGGGCCAUUCACACCGAUGGAAAUGGUGGAAUCGGGAAUUCUACAAGACUCUUUUGAACGGCAAAAAAAGCAGCUGAAGAAAACGAAGAUUUUUCUGUGCGAAAAAGCUCCUUUUCGGAUCGGAUCUUAAGGAGCAUUUGGGCCAAUAUUUUAUUUAAGAGUGGUGUUAUCGUGACGGAAGUUUAUAGUGCCUUUUCCUACCCAAUUCUUUGUUUCUCUCAUUGCGCAGAUAUCUUCAAGACAACAAAAUUCAGGAACUGGAAACAGGAACGUUCUCAAGUCUGACAGAGUUAUAUACAUUGUAA